CUGGUUGGUGCUGCUACUGACCCUAUAGUUAGCUACUGUUACCAGGAGUGAGCACUAUCACAUUGUGCCAGUGGAUUCAACUGACUCGUGUCAUGACUACCAAAAUGGAACUUAUUUCACUCUCGAGCAGCUUGUUCAAACAGACCUGUUGUCUGGUGGAGACAAUCUCACCUUGAGCUUUCUGUCUGGUGAUCAUUUAUUAAGUGAAAUGCUUUACAUUUGUAAUUUCAGAGAGGUGAUUAUUGCUGGCCAAAAUGCCACUAUCAAAACUGGUAGAGUGCUGUUAUCUAAUAUCAGUGCAUUGAGUAUCGAAGGUUUGCAUUUCACUGGAGCAGGUGAUGAAAGUAGUUCAGGCUACAUGUACAUAAUUUCUCAAAUACUUUUUGAUAUCACUAACUGCUAUUUGGUAGGCUUAAAAUUGUUGGAAGCUUGUACACUCUGGAUCACUCGUACGGUAACUGUAACGAUUGAACAAGUUCUCUUUGUGAACAACACUAGCACUGACAGAGCAUUGAUUGUUGAAGCUGAUAAUGUGUACAUUGAAAAGAGCGACUUCUUCAGUAACAGUGGUGGUGCAGCGAACAUUGAAUCAAAUCAAACUGUUAUUAAUGAUUCAAGAUUCACUUCCAAUACUGCUGCAUAUGGUGGAGCAGUGGAAGUGGACUCUGUAAGUGUGACUAUCAGUUGGUGCAAGUUUACAAAUAAUAUUGCUCAAUUAAAUUUUGGUGGAGCAAUUAUCACCUUUGGAAGUAGUUUGUUCAUUUCCAACUGUGCGCUACUAAACAAUAAUGCUAUUCUUGACGGUGGAGCAAUUUAUAGCCGGGGAGGGAGUGUCUCAAUCUCCGACAGUGAGCUAGCGUACAACAGUGCUGAAAAAGCAGGUGGAGCAAUUUUCACCUUUGGAAGUGGUUUGUUCAUUUCCAACUGUGCACUACUGAGCAAUAGUGCUAUUCAUGAUGGUGGUGGAGCAAUUCAUAAUAUUAUAUCAAAUCAAACUGUUAUUAAACAUUCAAGGUUUAAUUCCAACACUGCUAUAUUUGGAUUUGGUGGAGCAGUGGAAGUGGACUCUGCAAGUGUGACUAUCAGUUUAUGCAACUUUACAAAUAAUAUUGCUGAAAGUGCUGGAGCAAUUUCCACCUCCGAAAGUAGUUUGUUCAUUUCCAACUGUGCCCUACUAAACAAUAAUGCUAUUCUUGACGGUGGAGCAAUUAAUAUCCAGGGAGGGAGUGUCUCAAUCUCCGACAGUGAGCUAGCGUACAACAGUGCUGGUAGAUCAGAUGGAGCGAUUUCGGUUUUUACUGGAGAGUUACUGAUAUCCGAUAGCAAGCUAACAAACAACAAGGCUACCUCAGGUGGAGCGAUUGGACUUUUCGCGGGUGAUGCAUCUAUCUUGAGCUGUAAUAUAACAGAUAAUGAAGCUGUAGUUGAUAAUGGAGAAACUAGUCUUGGUGGAGCGAUUUUGGUAUAUACUGGAACUAUAUCCGUCUCCAAAAUCAUGUUUAAAAAUAACAGUGCUGACUUUGGUGGAGUGUUUUUUGUUGCUGAUGGCACUGUGAUCAUUUCCGACUCUGUGGUCACAAACAACAGAGCUACUCAGCAAGAUGGAGUGAUUGCGGUUGUUAUCUCAAUUUUGAUAAUUACUAAUACAAGCAUAUUUGACAAUUUAGAGGGGGAAAAUAUCCUUUACGUAGUGCAUUCUAACUUGUCAUUUACGGGAGUUAACAAUGUUAGCAAUAAUGUAAACCCUGUGUAUGCUCUAAGCAGUCGAGUGGAGUUCAAUGGACCCACAACUCUCAGUAACAAUCGUGGUGUGUAG